CCCUAGGCUUCUCACUUCUCCCUUCCCUCUCCAAGCAUCCUUCCUGCCGCCGGCGCCCAUUCCUCCCUCCGUCCCUCUCCCCCACUCUCCCGCGCCUAAGAGGACCUCCUCGGGGGACCAGAUUUCCGCGCGGCUGCGACCCCAAGCCUGGCAACAUGUGGAACGCGACCCCCAGCGAGGAGCCGGAGCCUAACGUCACGUUGGACCUGGAUUGGGACGCUUCCCCCGGCAACGACUCACUGCCUGACGAACUGCUGCCGCUGUUCCCCGCUCCGCUGCUGGCAGGCGUCACCGCCACCUGCGUGGCGCUCUUCGUAGUGGGCAUCUCGGGCAACCUGCUCACCAUGCUGGUGGUGUCCCGCUUCCGCGAGCUGCGCACCACCACCAACCUCUACCUGUCCAGCAUGGCCUUCUCGGAUCUGCUCAUCUUCCUGUGCAUGCCGCUGGACCUCGUCCGCCUCUGGCAGUACCGGCCCUGGAACUUCGGCGACCUGCUCUGCAAACUCUUCCAGUUUGUCAGCGAGAGCUGCACCUACGCCACGGUCCUCACCAUCACCGCGCUGAGCGUCGAGCGCUACUUCGCCAUCUGCUUCCCUCUGCGGGCCAAGGUGGUGGUCACUAAGGGCCGCGUGAAGCUGGUCAUCCUUGUCAUCUGGGCCGUGGCUUUCUGCAGCGCCGGGCCCAUCUUCGUGCUGGUGGGCGUGGAGCACGAGAACGGUACAGAUCCCCGGGACACCAACGAAUGCCGCGCCACCGAGUUCGCUGUGCGCUCUGGGCUGCUCACGGUCAUGGUGUGGGUGUCCAGCGUCUUCUUCUUUCUACCGGUCUUCUGCCUCACUGUGCUCUACAGUCUCAUCGGGAGGAAGCUGUGGCGGAGACGCGGAGACGCAGCGGUGGGCGCCUCGCUCCGGGACCAGAACCACAAGCAGACAGUGAAGAUGCUCGCUGUGGUGGUGUUUGCUUUCAUCCUCUGCUGGCUGCCCUUCCACGUGGGAAGAUACCUCUUUUCCAAGUCCUUCGAGCCUGGCUCUCUGGAGAUCGCUCAGAUCAGCCAGUACUGCAACCUGGUGUCCUUUGUCCUCUUCUACCUCAGCGCUGCCAUCAACCCCAUUCUGUACAACAUCAUGUCCAAGAAGUACCGGGUGGCAGUGUUCAAACUGCUAGGAUUUGAAUCCUUCUCCCAGAGAAAGCUUUCCACUCUGAAGGAUGAGAGUUCCCGGGCCUGGACAAAGUCGAGCAUCAACACAUGACAGCACAUCCCAUCUCUCCGCCAUCGCUCAUUGCUCUACACCCGAAGCCGUAGCCAAGCGGGACUUGGGAGGAGGCAGAACGUCAGUUUGGGGAUUAGAGACAAAUGGGUCUGGAAACAAUUGGGGGUGGGGAGUAGAGCCAGAUGGGCAGGGUCCAUGCAGAUUGAUCUGCUUGUGCGCCCACCAGAGCACUCAUGUGCAACCCCUGCACACCCGUGAUUUUAUUAUUGGGGCUACUGGCAGCUUUGCAGCUCAGAGGAAGGAGGGGCACAGUGCGGGCGACGGCUUUCUGUCCUUCUUGGUGUGUAACACUAAACUCCAUCUGCUUUUCUCAUCAUAAUAGAAAUGAAAUGACAUUACAAACUACAACUUAAGACAUGGCCUUUCAAAGCUAGCAGUCUCCACCAAGCUCCAUCACACGCACCCCAAAGCCCCGUAGCGUAAGGCAUGUACGUAAUGAGUAGACAAUUAUUGAUGAGAAAUCUCCAACAACAUAGUAAUUCUGAAAUCCAGUAUGUUCCCUAUACGUGCAACCCACUUGACGUUGGACAGUUAGCUUCAUUAGUAAUAGUUGAUGCAUUUAAUUUGAGCACGGAAAAGUAGGUCCAAUGGCUUAAAUUUCAUGAGUACACUUAAAACUUUUUAAGUAACAUAUUUUACAAAGUCUUUGUCCUAAUUCAGAGUUAAAUAAAAUAAACAACUCAGUUCUUCAGUUGUACUAGGUAUAUUUCAGGCAUUCAACAGACGGAUGUGGCUAAUGGUUCUCGUACCAGGCAGGCACUCCAGAGUACAUGCGAAAGAAUUACUAAUCUCAUAUAAAAUGUUUUAAAGUAUGUCCC